AAGAUGCAGUCAGUCCUAAAAAUGUCCCUGGGUUGGGUGGCGUUCCUUCUGUUUGCAGGGUGUAGUGUAACGGUGGAAAAUACGCAGGCCUUUACUGUGUCUCAAAGAUGUAUGGAGGAUACCAGCACUUUUCUCUGGGAAAUAAACCAGGACAGGCCAAAGGAAUAUGCUGUUUUCAUGUAUGAUGCAUUUGGAAAGAUGGGUAGCAAUGUUGAAGGAGGUAAUGCCAACCAGCCUGGCUUGCUGCAGCAGUGUCGCUCUGCCCACGGUCCCACCUUUUCUGGACAGUACUGCCAGGUGUUCCUUAGGCAGGGAACCGUCCAGUACUUCGUGGGUUUAUGUGUUCCUGAUUCCUGUGGAGAAGAGGAGGUGCAAAUGCUGGUGCUAUACGGGAAACUUCAGUUUGGUCAGACGUCCCUCAUUCCUCCUUUACCUGCCAUCCUGGUCAAUCAGUCGACUCAGGAGAUGAUCAUGACCCACUGUUUGUCCAACACCAUUGCUCCUGAUGCAUCAGAUGUCACCUGCCUGUUUGUGUGUUGUGUAAUGGUAGCAAUUCCUCUUGCGGCAACCCUGUUUACAGCUAUGAUAAGGUGGCAACGGAACAGAGAGGUCAGUCCAACAGCAGAGUCUUCCUGUUUAAACACUGGCCUCAACCUUUAUGGGACCCUGAUGACCAAUGGCUCCUCCAGUAUCGAAAUGAAUAGUAGCACUUUGGAGGAAAAUAGUAAUAACAGCACCAGCCACACACCACUGUGUUUUCCUCGAAGCGGUGUGUACCGAUGCCUGCAGGUGUUCUCUCUACAAACCAGCAGCCAGGGUGUCUUUAGCACCUCCUCAUCCAUCCCAGGAGGAUGCUACUCCUCCCUGAAUGGCAUCCGUGUCCUCAGCCUGUUAUGGAUCAUAUGUGGACACUCUGCACAGUUCCCCGUAAUAAACAACCUGGAUAACUACAAAAACUGGAAGAACACAGUUGAAAGCAGCCCUCUGUAUGUGCUUACCAUCAGCGGACCUGUUUUUCUGGCUGUGGACAGCUUUUUACUGCUCGGGGGUCUGCUUAGUGCAAGGUCUCUGCUGGGCUCCAUCGACAGGGCUGAAGACAAACUGAGCCCCAGUUUGGUGGUAAACUACCUCCUCAAGAGGAUCAAAAGGAUUCAACCUCUGCAUCUGUUUAUUAUGUGUCUAACCAUUGGCCUCAUCUCUCUGGUCCAGUGGGGACCUUACUGGUUCCCAUUUAUAGAUACAGUGAUGGAUUGUAAAACUUACUGGUGGGCUAACUUACUGUUGAUAAGCAAUCUCCUCCCAGUCCAUGAGAUAUGUAUUCCUUGGACAUGGUACCUGUCUCUGGACUUCCAGUGUUAUGCCACCACUCCUCUGUUGGUCUAUUUUUACAGACUAAACAGAGGUGUGUUUGCAGUUGUUGCUGGAGGCCUUCUGCUGAUGACCACUGUGACCAGUGCUGUUAUAACUGCACUUCUACAGCUGCCAGUCUUUCAGCCGUCUACACUGACAUCUGAGAAUUAUGUCUUGUAUUACUAUGUGAAACCCUACACAAGAUAUGGACCGUUUUUAAUAGGGGUCUUGACUGGAAUAUACUUGACAACAAAGAAAGAUCAGCUGUUAAAGCAAAAGUGGCAGGCAGCACUUGGUUGGUUCUGCUGUCUGUCACUCAUGGCUGUGUUGGUUGGAUUGGCCUUCAUCCUCAGGGAGACCCCAGCCUAUCCAUCUGUGCCUCAUGCCCUCUACCAGGGACUGCACAGACCGCUCUGGGCUCUGGCUGUGACCUGGAUCAUACUGGCCUGUGAGGAGGGUUACGGAGGAUUUAUCAAGAGCCUCUUGUCAUUGGGUUUGUGGGUUCCUCUUUCCAACAUUAGUUUCGCCUGCUAUUUGACACAUCCUGUCUUCAUUAUCCUCUACAUUGGCUUGCAAGAGACCCCAAUCCACUACACAGACAUCAACUUUAUGUACCUGUUCCUUGGCCACCUGGUUCUCACGCUGGUGGUGAGCUACGUGUUUACUGUGCUGGUUGAGAAACCCUACCUCCUCCUAAAAUGGAGCAGUACAUAAAGACAAAUCAGCACACAAAAUACUCCAGUUAACACACCUAAUCUUAUAUUCUGUUUGCUUGUGCCUUGUAAGCUAUCCAAAUACUCUUGUUCAAUUCUGCUUUUGUUUAAAAUAAACCUGUUUAUUAUUUUUUAAAAGGGAAGAAAAUAGGUUUUUUUGGUGAUUGCUGAGUGGUUACUACUUUUACUCCAUAACUGUUCAACAGAUUACAGAGGGUUGAUAUAGAUAACAUCCUGCAGAUCACAAAAAUAAGGUGAGAUCUUUGAAAUCAACACAUUCAUCAACCUUCACAGUGAUAUUGGUAAAAAUAACAUCAACAGCAUCCAGAACCAAUAAUACCAAAAAAAAUUAAGAAUGCAGAGUUGAAGGUAGAAAAAAGUCCAUAUUUUGUAAAACUGAAUUGGUUUUCAGGUUAAUGGUUUAACAGAUAUAACAUUAUGUCAUCUGCAUAUAAAGCAUAUAUAUUUUGUGUUGUCUUGGCUAUAUUAUGCCCAUCACCACUGAAUCAAAGGGAUGAUUGCAGGGGCAAAUAAUUGUGGAGAAAUGGGGCAGCCCUGUCUUGUCCCUCCCUGGCAGUACACCUUCUAACCUUAUGAAGAAAGUUUAGGCUAUUAGUUUUAUUUCAGCAAUGAAAUUGCCCUGUAAGCAGUCAUCUGCCAUUGGCAUCCCUCGUUGUGUGUUAUAAUAUGCCAAAAAGAGUUUCUAAUAAAAUUCUGACAUGAGGCCUUUCGAGUCUUAUUAUUUUGAAAUUUGUUAACUGCACAGAUGAUCUUGUCGAAAUUUUGGAAAGACCAGAAUUAUAAUGCUGCUCAUGAAGAAAUCCACAUAAAUGGUGGUGAAAACCUUGUGUCUCUGAAAGCAUGCCAUCCCCUAAUGUGAAAAACUCUUCAGCUAAGAUAUUGUGUAGCAAUAAGGACAUUAAUUCUUCUAACUUCUAAAUUAUUCUACAAGAGGUUUCACAUGUCAGAAACAAGGUCUUCAAGUGUCCCUGUCAUGGAGAGUAUUAAAUAUGAUUCAAAGCUGAUACAGUUCAUUUAAUCUCACAGGUCAAUUAAUAUAUUAAUUAAAGAUGAUUAAUUAAGGCCAGUUAUGUAUUAAGCAUGAAAUCAUGUAUAUAAUCAUCUUAUAUACAGUUAUAUAUUUCAUCAUCACUGGUGUCACAUUGUUCUGGAGAAGUUCCCUGAUUACUUUAAAUCACCAUCUUUAAUGGUUGACAUUAAUGUAAUGUCAAUUGUUCAUGCAGAAAAAAAUUUUCCUUUUCAGGAUUAGUUGUGAUUUUCCAUAAGCAUGAUAAUAAUGAUUUACUGUUUCCCCGCGUAGUCUAAUUUUAAAAGAGGAACGGACAGAGAUAGUGAAAAGUACUGCCUUCUUGCGGAGGACAAGACUAGUGUGACUGGCUUCCUUGUGACCCAAAGUUCAUCGUAUUCCCCGAUCAUCCUUCCCCUCCUAUUAACGGGUCUGGUGUAAGACAACACAAAUAACUUGGGUCAUAUCAACAACCCCUGUCCAUGGCAGUGAGUCAGAAUUUGAAAGUGACAAUGACUCAGCUGAUGAGACCAUAGCAAAGGUUUUCAGUUUCUUAUGACACAAAAACACCCAGCUAUGUUUCCAUCCUAGCACUUGAGUUAUGCAAGGCAUGUGCUCCGUUGUGCAUUGUAUUAAGCUUAGUAAUGCUUGGUGAACAGCCUCAAAGAAAUACUUAGAUCCUUCUGCCACUGUUAAUCUCUGCCGUUUACACAGAAACAAACUCCUUGUGUGGUGAUUUUCACUGGAGUAAUGUUGUAAAAUCAGCAUAAUGGAACCCUGUUACUGUAAAUUGCUGUCAGGGUUUUUUAAAGCUGUUGAUAAUAUGUCUUUUUAAAUUGUUCAGACCUCCUGCGCAUAUGUUUGACACCACGAUGGAGAUAAAAAAACAAUACGAUUUCUCCCAGAAUUUUUGUCAUAAUUUCCAGCAUUCAAUGUGCUUACUUGUCAUGUAAAUCAUGUUUAAUUUCAUAGUUUAAGCUAGACUAAUAUGUGUUCAAUGGUGUAAGAUAAAUGCCAAAUAUGGUUUGCUAUUUCUUUCAUAACACUUUGGCAUAGUGGAGAUGUGUCUCAUAUCUUUCCUUUGCCUGCUAUGGCCCUCCUUCCUUAAUUGGUUCUGGGAAGGCAUCCUUUAGCUGACUCUCUCACGCACCCACACAAACAAAACGUGGUUGUGACGCACACUUAUUACAUGUGCAACACCAUUUUUCACCUGGUCCUGUCUGGGGAGGUUAGGGAAGGAGGCCAGAUGCCAGGCUGAAGCAGUCUGUGCAGCAACAUGGUGUAAAAAUAUAUCUUGCUUUGGUAAGAUGACACUUCUCACUAUGACUACAUGGGUCCACGGGGUCACAUCCAAUCCAGAACCCCACAACAACAUGCUCAAGAUGGUGUAACAUGUCUGAGACUGUUAGAGCAUUUAUUUAAAAACGACACUGUUUUGGAGAAAGAAAAAAAAUGCAUGCAUAGUUUUAUAUUGCGUAAUUCAAGAUUUGUUUUGCAUUUAAAAGACAUGCCAUAUUAUUGUACCCCCUCUGCUGAAUACAGAAAGUGGUUAUUUUUCAAUUUUA